GCAAUAAUCAAUUGGGGGUGGGGGAUUUUGUGGGGACUAUGGCUCUGUUCACACGACUCAGUGUCUUUUCAUGCUGUAUUUCAUUUAUCUGUACUUCUCUUAGGUGUGAAAGAUCACUGUUCUGAACUCAGCUGCUCUGAGGAUGAACACUGUGGGAAGAGAAAUGGUGUUUAUGGCUGUUUAUGCAACAACAACACUCACAGCCCAAAUUCUGACUCUUUUGAUUUCUCAGAAACCUGUGAAAGCAGCUCUGGCUCCAUGUCUGUGUCUCGCUGUCAGCUCUUUGAGGCUGGUUUUUCAGCUGACAUCUUACACCUCAAUGAUCCUAGCUGCAGAGGAACGGUCCGGAACGGCAGAGUGGAAUUUCAUUUUGAUAACGAUGAACACAUCUGUGGUACAAAUCUUGUGGCCAACGGCACCCACUUUAUCUAUGAUAACUUUAUUCUGGGGACACCAAAAUCAGAAGGCCUCAUCAGCAGAGAGAAAAUUCUGAAGCUUUCUUUCAGUUGCGCUUACCCCCAAACACAAACACUUUCCAUGAAUGUGGAAAUCAACCCACUGGAGAGCAUUGUGCACAAGAGCCUUCCGGCGGGUGAAGGGAGAUAUCGUGUUCGCAUGAUUCCUUAUCAGGAUGAUGAGUUUACGCUGCCCUUCACUGGUGCAGUGGAUGCAGAGCUCGACCAGGAGAUGCAUGUGGAAGUUCGUGUUGAGGGGGUCGACAGCCGACAGUUUGCCCUGGUGACGGACACGUGUUGGGCUACACCUGUGAAUGAUCCCAAUUAUGAUUUACGCUGGGAUCUCAUUGUUCAAGAGUAAAGAAAUGCUUCUUUUCUAUUCCAAAAUGAUCAUUUUACGUCACUGUAACAUGUAAAAAAAUACUUUUUGAUCUGCACAUAAAAAUAAACCAUAUCACAAUCUGUACUAAAACACAGGAUUCCAAUUUUUUUUUUUUUUUUUUUUUUUUUUUUUUUGUACAUGGAAUGCAAAUUUAUAGUACAUGUCUUUCAUGAGAGAAUUUGAUAAUUAUCAUUAUUGAUAUUCUCAGGUGCCCCAAUCCAGAUGACGAUACAGUGGAGCUGCUGCAGAACGGCGUCUCAACAUCCAGCCGUUUCUCCUUCAGGAUGUUUAUCUUCACUGCAAACUCCACUAAGCUUUACCUGCACUGUGCUGUUCAUCUUUGCCUUCUGUCAAGCAAUCGCUGCUCAACGAACUGUACCUCUGGACCGCACUGGAGAGAGCGCAGGUCUCUGGACUUCCAUGACAGUGCUUCCAUAUCCAUGGGUCCUCUGAUGUUGUCUGAAGGAAAAACAGAUAAGUGGGUCCCAGUGCAGGUGAAGGUAUCUGAGGCUUCUUGUCUUUGUGCUUCCCUGAUGGUGUUUCUUGUUCCUCUGAUGAGUGUCUUUAUCGUCUUUUAGUAUAUUUCAACAAGAAAAUCGGCAACAUUUAAGAUGCAUAUUAUCUAAUGCCAUUUUAAUGAAGGUGGCAUUGAUGCCACACUGGUUGUGGGUUUCUAAAAGUUUCUUUAUUUCAUAGCAGUUAUGUUAUAUGGCAUAAGUGAAUUAGUAUUUAAUCAGUUAUAUUAAUUGUUAUAUAUCACUAUAUUAAUCUUAUUUUACUUUAUUAGAAGAUGUGCUACAAUAACAAAGGCAAUCAGAUUCAUGUUUACUCAAAUCAUAUAAAAAACAUAAAAAAAAUCAUUCCUGUUCUGUGGUUCUGAAAAAUGAAUACACUUGUGUGGCAUGUGCAGGAUGAUGAUAGCAACUCUGGUUUUUCGGGAGCUUCCUGUUUCUCUGACUGAAAUUAUAACUGUAUUGGGACUGUCACUGGAAAGAGUGCUAAAGCUGCUCAGGUCAUAUUUCUGGUGGAAAAUUUGUAGAAUUGAUAAUUCUUUCUAAACGUGAUGUAAACAUACUGUGUUGAUGUGACAACAAAUAAACAAACAGA